AUGCAGCCACCAAUCAGCAGCUAGAACCUAGGUAAUAUAAGUAAAUUGGAAAUUUGUUUAAAAUUGUAUGCUAUGUCUAAUUAUGGCUUUAAUGUCCUUUUAAGGAAAACUCUUGAGAGGGCCAUAAAAGAAAAUUUACGUUUAUCUGAUAAAUAAAUUUGUUUCAUGAUGGUGAGAGUCCAUGACCCAUAGCGUGGUAUUCAACCCCAGUCCACUAAAGGCUCGAUUUAUCAAGCCCUUCUACCCCCUUUGACUGCAGGUUCGUAGCCUGACCGGGGAGAUUAACCAUUUGUUCCAGAAAUUGUUUUAACUUUAUGCUCUUGAUUAAGGCUUCUUUUAGCUGAAACGCGUUGAGCUGUAUUUUAAAUUAAACCUGAAGCUGCACCUGAAGACACCUUUGUGAUGAUUUUAAUAAAAGCUUAUUUUAACGGCAAUCUUGUGAAUAUAACCAGUUUGUGCGCCCACCACAUUGUCUGAAAUCUGCUACACUAUUGUGAGCUCUUUUAUUUUGGAGAUGAAAGCAACAAAGUUGACUCAGAGGACGUGGGCAGCUUGGUUCCCUGGAGGUGACACAGCGCCCCUACUUUCAACACUUUCGCAGUCUGACUGAGGAGAUUGACAGAUCUUGCCCACGCAUUAUCGGCUGUGCGUGGACAGGGGGCAGGGUUGCACAGGAGCGCUUGUGUGCAAUGGUUAGUGCAUGCAGCGAAUUGCUGCACCCUGAGGAGAAGUCGGCUGGACAGGGGCGAAUACGUAUGUCCCUGUCCCCAAGGCAGAAGAUGCAGUGAUCUGAGAUGUCAUCGCAGAAAGAAAAGGACACAUGCAGGAACUGUCAACGAUUUAACUUUGCAAUGCUGCUCCAUAUUUGGCUGUUCAAACAGCAGUGUGCUCCAGCUGUACUGUGUAAGUUUUCCUUAUCACAGUGCAUCCAGAGUAAAGUGCUGUUUGAAGAGAACAGCCAAAUAUGCAGUAGCGCUGCAGAGCAGCAGUGCAUUUGUUUACUAGCUCAAACCCACACUUAGCCUUUCCCAGUCUGCAAAGCUGUUUUUUUUUCUGCAUCUAAGACGCUCUUAUGAGCAAUGUACGUUUUUAUUACUAUAUUUCUAUGUUAGACCAAGAGAAAAGGAAACUAAUUUAUUCAAGAGACAUUUUUUACAAUUUCUUUUGUCUGCAGCUAAUUUGCAAUCCAAUUUUCAACUAUUGCACUAUAUAAUAAAACUUUAAAAAUUACUUUAUCUUCCAGUUAACCAACACAUUGCAAUUGAACUGGUGCUUUAGUGUAAUUGCCUAAUUUAAAAUUGAUUUUUAUUUAAAAUUAUGAUCUGCAGCAAAUUUUUUACUAAAAUAACUCAUUGCAGAAAGUGAAAAAAAGUUCUGCCUCUGGGGUCCCUGUCCACUCGUGGAUGGAAAAUGGAGCCCUAGGAGGCAAAAACACCCAACAUGACAGAGCUUUUAAUCUUUCCCAUAAUUCCUCAGCCAUACAUAUGUCCAAGAGAAAGGAAAAACUAUAAAAGCAGUAAAAGAGAAAGCAGGGUAAGUAAACUGCAACCGUUACUGCCACCAGCUGAUGAAAUAAAUGAAUUUAUAAGGGAAGCAAUUUUGUUUUCUGCCAUAAAAUGAUGAGAGUCUAUCACAUGUGAGAUCCUAUACCCAAGCUAUGAUUUUCACAAAACCACCAUGGAAUUGUGAGGGUUAAGACAGAUAUGGGGCUAAACUUGCACAGGGGCCUGCAGGGAUUAUGGGUAAGUAGGAGGGAUUAAAAACUUUUAUGUUGUGUGUUUUUGCCUUCUCCUUGUUGACUGGAGUUUAAUCCCACAUGUGAUGGCUUGUAGACCGUCACCAUCUUAUAAAAGUAAAGUUAGGUGUCAGAAAUAGGAUUUUCGGAUCCAUGGCACCCUGGCUUCCAGAAUUUGUCAUACUCUGCUAUAUGUCAUUUAUGUGUCUAACAGUGUUUGUAUAUUCUCUCUCCAGGACUCUUCACACUGCUAGUAGAGGAUUUUGGUGUGAAAGGGGUACAGGUGGAGGAGAUCUAUGAUUUGCAGAGCAAGUGCCCAGGGCCAGUUUAUGGUUUCAUCUUCCUGUUUAAAUGGAUCGAGGAGCGCCGCUCACGAAGGAAGGUGUCUACUCUGCUGGACGACACGUCUGUCAUGGAGGACGAAGUUGUCAAUAACAUGUUCUUUGCCCACCAGCUAAUCCCUAAUUCCUGCGCUACUCACGCUCUUCUGAGUGUGCUGCUCAACUGCAGCGGGGUUCACCUGGGACCAACGUUAAGCCGUAUAAAGGACUUUACAAAAGGAUUCAGUCCGGAGAGUAAAGGUUACGCAAUUGGAAAUGCGCCAGAGCUGGCAAAAGCUCACAAUAGCCAUGCCAGGCCUGAGCCGCGGCACCUUCCUGAGAAACAAAAUGGAAUCAGCGCUGUCCGCACCAUGGAGGCUUUUCACUUUGUUAGUUAUGUUCCUAUAAAGGGGCGGCUGUUUGAACUGGAUGGUCUUAAGGUGUAUCCCAUUGAUCACGGCCCAUGGGCUGAGGAUGAGGAGUGGACAGACAAAGCUCGGAGAGUCAUAAUGGAGAGAAUUGGAUUAGCCACAGCAGGGGAGCCAUAUCAUGAUAUUAGGUUUAACCUGAUGGCGGUGGUGCCUGAUCGAAGACUGAAGUAUGAAAGCAAGCUUAACAUUUUAAAGAUGAACAGACAGACCGUGCUGGAGGCGUUACAGCAGUUGAUCAGAGUGACUCAGCCAGAGUUAAUUCAACCCCAGAAGUCUACAGACUCGUCGUCUACUGAAGAAACAAAGGUCACUUCUGUAAAGUCACAGGUCAACCAGGAGACAUCUCGUACAAAUGUUGGAUCUCAGCAGAAUAAUACAGAUACAGGUGAGGAGGCAGCAGCAGCUCCUCCACGCGGCUCGGCACAUAGCACUUUAAACAAACAGAAUAUCCCACCGCAAAAUGGUGGUAUUAAUCCUGCCUCAACUCCCAGGCUGCCACCCUUUUUGGAUAACCACAACUAUGCCAAGUCUCCUAUGCAGGAGGAAGAGGAUUUGGCUGCUGGAGUGGGACGUUCCCGAGGUGCUCCACCACCAACACCAGAUUCAGAGGAAGAGGAGGAAGACGACACAGAGAGCACAAGGAGACCACCAACACCCACAGGGUUCAAGAGGAAAAACCCAGAAUCUUUGCCUCCACCUCCAGCACCAGAUCUUCCUGCCAAUGUCCUUGCAGAAAAACUAAAGGAAACCCAAAGUGAAAUGUGCUCCCCUUUGUCUAUAAAGACCGGCGCUGCAGCUGCCCCCCACUCUCAACCCUCCCCUACCCCUAGCAAUGAGAGCACAGACACUGCUUCAGAAAUUGGUAGUGCAUUCAACUCCCCUCUUCGCUCCCCCAUGAGGUCUGCCAACCCAACACGCCCCUCCAGUCCUGUUACCUCUCAUUUGUCUAAGGUCCUAUUUGGAGAGGAGGAACCUCUUCUGCGUCUGGACUCUGUACGCUAUAAUAGAGCUGUUAAAGAGCUGGGGCCUUUAGUCAGCACAGGAAUUUUACAUCUGAGCCGAGAUGGCCAUCUUUGCCCCCUCAGCAAGCUAGAUUCUAGUAAAGUUGCUAUCAAAAUAAGCAAAACAGAGGAAGGACGAGAGAUUGUGGAGUCGGAUAUUGGAGGUCACAAAGUUGCAGACACCACCCAAGGUGAAAAGUUCUCUCCUAAGGAACUUCUGGCUUUGCUGAAGUGCGUUGAAUCUGAAAUCGCAACAUCUGAAACCUGUCUGAGGGAGGAGUUGGACAAACGCAAGAAAUUCAAGAUCGAUGACCAAAGAAGGACUCAUAACUAUGAUGAAUUCAUCUGUGCGUUUAUCUCCAUGUUGGCUCAGGAAGGUAUGCUAGCAAGCCUAGUGGAGCAGAACAUCUCAGUAAGGAGGCGUCAGGGGGUCAGCAUUGGACGACUGCACAAACAGAGGAAGCCAGAUAGGCGCAAAAGAUCUCGUCCAUAUAAACCCAAGCGGCAAUGAACUCUGCAAAUAAUGAUUAUGUAUAAGCAGCCAGGUUGCACCUGCUGCCUCCCUGAAUAUAUAAAGAGGUUAGCCUGAAGCUGUCUCCUCCACCCCCCUUGUAUAUGAUGUAUAUAAACAAGUCUAUAUAUAGUCUGUUAAAAAAAAUUAUAUAUGCACCCUGGUUUUACCAUGCAUAUGACUCCCUGCAGGAUGGAUUGUAAGGAGCCGUUACUGGUGCUGGAUGGAAUACUGGUCCAUUACAUUUAAUAAUGUUAUGCUGUGGGCAGGUCUCACCUUAUUAAACGUACGUCCGCACUCACUGGUCCCUUUAUGUUAUUUCACAGUGAGAUCUCUGGUGCUGUUAUUAAACAUUUUUCAUCAAACAA